GAAGCUGCUGCCCACUUUGUACAGGAAGGAUGAAGAUCCCCAGAGUACUUAGGCUGUUGGUAGAGCUCUCGAGUCUGUUAUCAUGUCUCAGAUGCAGGGAGGUAAGAAAAUUAAUAUUCUUCUAUCUGUUUGUAAAAGGUCACCUAGAUUUACAUAUAUAUAUACAUAUAUUUAAUAUCCUCACUGUGAGUGGAUUGUGUUCUUACUGAUAUGUUUUCUGAAGUAUCUAGGCAGCUGUGGUCUCUGGGAAGGGUUGGGGACUUGGGGAGGGAUUUAUUUCAUUAUGCAUAUGAAAUUAAUAAAUGGAAACAAAGCAGGAUGCACAGGGGCUUGCAGAUGCUUUGGCUCAGGUUUCCCAUGUUAGUCAAGCACUGCAGUGACCCUGGCGUGAGAGAUCCUUUGUUUCUGUUCUUCACCAAUGGACUGGUGAUCCCUAUUGCUGUUGUGAGCAGAUGACUUAUAGCCCAUAGAGCUGGGGCAGUGACUGCAGCAUGGACUGUUGCACUGAAAUUUUGUGGUUUUGAAUGGUGAUUGUUGGGGGGUUUUGGGAGCUGCUACAGGAACUGGCAGCAACUAGUUUUUCAUUAGAAGGGAAGCAUAUUACUUGGACUGGAGUUCUGUCGUUUAUGGUCAGUUUCCAGGAAGAGUAAGUUCAGCCUCUUAUACAGCCAGUUAUUAUAGCAACCCUUCCCUCUAUCUCAUGUUAGCUCACAAGUGUGUGUAAGUGCACACUAGAACAUAGGAGUCAGGGGAUUUUGGUUGUGACUCACCUGUCCUGUGUAUUAUCUUGGGCAGUCACAAAAGUGUCACUAAGCUCCCUUUCCUCUCUUUGCAAAGCGCUUUGAGAUCCUCACGUGAGUCCUUCAGCAUUGUUAGUUUACAAAACGUUAUGUGGUCUCAGAACAGCUGGAUACAUGCAGACAGAUGGAUUUUUGGCUGAAAAGGGUUUGUCAGUUAAUUGCUGUUUUAUGUAUGUAUCCUCUUGUGCAUGUGCACCUGAGCUCUGAUUUGCUCCUUCUGAACUGUGUCAGGAAUUUAUCUUCAAUAUGCAAUGUCAUAUUCUGACUUCCAGAGGACGAUGAUGAAGCUCGGCCGUAGCUCUGAACACCUGCUGACCAUUAUAUAUAAGUUUCAUCUGUAAAUUAAAUCAGCCAUGAAUAGGUGUCGUUCUUGUCUGGUAUCUAUGGGGACUAUCCCUGCUUAUUCCAAAAGUGGGUUCAGUUUAAUUCUGACAGUCUUUCAGGGAGAGCUGAGGCUGAGAGAAGUGAAGUUAGUGCAUUUUGAAGAAAAACAGAACCAUUUCUAUAGCUAAUUCUCUUCACAUGUGCACCUCUGCUCUGUGAAUUAAAACUCUUUGUUCAUAUAUCUGUCUGUAUUUAGAAAUGAAACAAACUAAAUGAAGCUAGCAGAAGCAUGUACAGUUUCUUCUUUGUACUCUGGGUCUAUGAAGGUCUUGCACCUGCCUACGUACCAUGCAAUGUGUUGAAGUGGAGAUCCCUAUCUCUCAACCAGCAGUCAAGUUAUAACCACCAAAAACACUGCCUACAAGAGGAAAUGUAAUUUUGGGGAUGGACAAGAUGCUAGAAUGAGGGCUUCAUUUCAUAUUCUUUGUUCUUAGAUACUUAAUAUGAUUUGGAUAAUAGUCUCGUAUGAAAUCUUGUACUCUCACAUAUUUAAAAACAAAAUCCUUAAAAAGCCAUGCUAGAUUUUCUUCUUCAAUUGUUUCCCACUUGGUACAUGGAUGUUUAUUACUAUUUUAACAUAGAACCCUUGGAGCAUCAUCCCAUCAGAUAGCUGUGUUUGCUCCUGUGGUCAUGGGUUGCUUAUUCUAUGCAUGGAGGGAGAGUGAGUGGUUAUUCAUUAUUUUUCCUUACUAAUAACAGUGAUUUUUUUCCAACUUUUCUUUCCAUAGAGAUCUCACUCUGGCGUCAGAUUUUAUUUGCUGAGAGCAUUGGGGCUGAAACCUUGAAAAGAACAAGCAGAGCCCUGUUAUGUGCUUAGAUCAAGGGUAAAUCUCUGCAGGCCAGCAAUUGUUCAUUUUAUUGUCAGUGGGCAGAGCUGUGAUUGGAUUUGAAGAAGAGCAAUGGAGAGAGCAGGGAAGAGGCUGGUUACCAGGGCUCUCCUGGGAUCCCAGCCCAGCCAAAACCAUUUGCAGAGUGCAGUGUCCAGUGGGUGUGGCAUCGGACCUCUUGGGUACUACAAUGGCUCGUUGGCUGUCACUGAGGCUGGGGCAGAGUGCCUGAACUGGGCAGAGUUCCCUGAUUAUGUCCAGCAGUACCCAGACCGUGGCUUAGGGAACCACAACCACUGCAGAAACCCAGAUGGGGGAACUACACCCUGGUGCUUCUUCCGGCUUGCAUCAGGGGCCAUCAGCUGGGCUAACUGUGAUUGUAACCAAGGUGCUGUGAGGUUGGCUGAAGAUAGCAGUGUGGAGCUGUACUUUGGUGGACUCUGGGGUACCAUCUGUGCUGACCUCUGGACUGACUGGGAUGCCAGUGUUGUCUGCAGGCAGCUAGGUCUCAGUGAGAUUGGCACAGCUGGAAAGAAGAAUCGUCCUGGACUGUGGCCUAUUCCCCUGCACCUGCAGUCAGCAAACUGCCACGGGGAUGAGAAAACCCUCUUGCAGUGUGGCUAUCAGGAAGCUGUGUCAGGAACUUGUAACCAGGGAAGCGCCAUGGUAACAUGUGUCCCUCCAGAAGGUGUAGGUGCUCCAUUGCGUUUAGUUGGGGGAAAGGAGAGCUUUGAAGGACGGGUGGAGGUUUACCAUGAUGGCAAGUGGGGUACCAUCUGUGAUGACCAAUGGGAUGACCGUGAUGCUGAAGUAGUUUGUAGGCAGCUGGGACUCAGUGGGAACCCAAAAGCCUUGUCGUGGGCUCACUAUGGGCAGGGAUCUGGUCCCAUCCUGCUAGAUGAAGUGGAGUGCUCAGGCAAUGAACUCUCACUUGACCAAUGCAAGAAGAGUGACUGGGGACAACAAAACUGUGACCAUAUUGAAGAUGCUGGCGUCUCUUGUGAUCCUUUCACAGAGGGCACUGUAAGGCUGACUGGUGGUCGCAGCCCCAGCGAAGGCAGGGUAGAAGUUUAUUACAAUGGAGACUGGGGCACAGUAUGUGAUGAUGGCUGGACAGACCUCAGUGCCCAGGUGGUCUGCAGACAGCUGGGCUUCAGUGGUCCUGCUACCCUGGCCUCUGAAGCGGACUAUGCUGCUGGCCAAGGCUUUAUCUUGCUGGAUGAUGUGGCUUGUGUGGGCACAGAGCUCUCCCUCCUGGACUGUCCCCAUAGCAAUUGGGGGCAGCACGACUGCUCACACGCUGAGGACGUGGGAGUUCACUGUUCUCCAGAGAGCAACACAGUCACUGGCAGCCUGGGACCUCCUGUGCGGCUGGUGGAUGGAGAAAGCACCAAGGAGGGACGGGUUGAAGUAUUCCUGAAUGGACAGUGGGGCAGCGUCUGUGAUGAUGGCUGGACAGACAGAGAUGCUACAGUAGUUUGCAGGCAACUGGGAUUCAGUGGUGCAGCAAAAGCCAGGGCAAUGGCUUAUUUCGGUGAAGGCCAAGGGCCCAUCCAUCUGGACAGUGUAGAGUGUAGAGGCACAGAGCACUCCCUGGGGCAGUGUAUCAGGCCUGACACUGGGAUUCACAGCUGCUGGCACAGUGAAGAUGCUGGUGUGAUUUGUGACUAUGUGGAAGAGAAGGUCCAAGAUAUCAGGAGAACAGGUCCGGAGUCCAGUGUGUGCGGCACGCGCCUGCUUCACCGUCGCAAGAAAAGGAUCAUAGGUGGAAACAAGUCUCUCAGAGGUGGUUGGCCAUGGCAGGCCUCACUACGGUUGAAGGGUUUCCAGAGAGAUACCCGUCUGCUGUGUGGGGCAACACUGAUCAGCAGUUGCUGGGUAGUGACUGCAGCCCACUGCUUCAAAAGGUUUGGUGUUGAUGUGCGGCGCUACCUGCUGCGGGUAGGUGACUACCACACAGGUGUGAAGGAUGAGUUUGAGAGAGAGCUGCCCGUGGAGCGAAUUGUCCUCCACAGGAACUACUGGGCUGGCAGCAAUGAUAAUGAUAUUGCCCUGGUCCGAAUGCGAGGCAGAGAGGGGCACUGUCUCUCCUUCAAUAGCCACGUUCUGCCUAUCUGUCUUCCUGAUAGGAAAGAGAAGUCUGACAUAAACAGGCAAGCCUGCAUCAUCUCUGGCUGGGGAGACACAGGGAAGUCUUAUUCAAGAACACUACUACAGGGGGUGGUGCCUCUUCUGCCACGGGAAGACUGUGAGGUUCGCUAUGGGCAGAAGUUCACAAACCGUAUGAUAUGUGCUGGGAACCUCUCUGAAGAUAAACGAGUGGACAGCUGCCAGGGUGACAGUGGAGGGCCACUCAUGUGUCAGAAGUCGAAUGGACGCUGGAUUAUUUUGGGUAUCACUUCCUGGGGUUAUGGUUGUGGUCGGAAGGAUUCCCCUGGUGUGUACACAAAGGUCAGCAGAUACGUACCCUGGAUCAAGAAAGUGACUAAGCUAAAAUGAAAAUGUCUGAGCCCCAGGAACUUCAACGUGUUGUCCUUCUCCCUGCAGCAGCUGAAGGCUGUGGCUUCUGGCCUGUGACUGGUGGAAAUGUAUGUUGUCAUUUGGACACUGGGAAAAUAAUUUAACAUAGAACUGGGAGAAAAACAGCUGUGGUUGAUACUUUGGUCUCACUUUAGUUCUUAAUCUCUGAGCAGACAAAGCAAGUGCACACUGGUAGGACAAAUUAGCCUGUGUUGCUCUGACUGUCCGAGUCCUGUAAUGCAAUCAAUGCUUAUUCCUUUGGCCCAAAACACAGAAAUGGUAGAAAUGAAAAUAUGCCUGUCUCUGUAAAUCUGUUCACCAGUUUUUGUACGUUCACACGCUCAAAAAACACUGCAAAGAGAGGUGAGAUGCUUGGAAGUUCAUGCCAAGCUCUGGCAUACUUUUUCAUAAUAUGUCUCUCUUCCAUUCCAGAAAGGGGACAAUUUGACCUGAGCUGAGGAGCAGGCUAACAAUUGGCCUUUUUUUUCCCCCCGUUAUGUCUCUGGGGGGAACCUUUUCUCUUCUGAAUAUUAGAUUCUAAAACGUCUGUUCCUGCUAAGAGGUGAUUGUCCCUCCAGCUGUAAUCCUUGUGCCACACAUUUCUGGUUGUCAGAUGCUAUGGCUUUAUUGCUACUUUCUCAAUAUAGUGGUUCUUCUGUGGUUUGUUUUUUGUUUCUCCAUAAAGCAGCACCUCCUGGAAUCAA